UAAUUGUGUGGUCAAUUCAGCCGUCUACAUCCUUGAUUAAACCCUUACCAAACUGUAGCGAUAAAUGCCGCUUAGUUAGCUGGUAGUACUUGCCAGUGUUGAUCACAAAAAUCCUCUUCAAGAAAUAAUUUGCUACUUAUUGCAGCUCGACAAAAAGCGAAAGCGGAAGAAGACUUGUAAAAGAUUGCCUUGCAGAACAUUUUAAUAAUUUCUGCGCCCUGUAGAGUCGGUUACCGUUCGAACAUUGUUGCCUUUACGCUCUUUGGUUUUAUAAGUUCGCAUAUUUUAUGCAUGCCCCGUGCGAAGAAGAUACUCCAGGUGGUUUCUGAUAUUUUCCGUCAUGUUGUUUAAAGCUGCUGGGGGAGAACCUUGGAAUAGUUUGCAGCAUUUAAAAUUCAAGUGAAAAGGGAUUCGAGUCAAAGAGUUUAAAGCAGCCACGCUACUAGACCUUAUCCACAUGAGUCCUGAAUGUCUUCACUCGCUGACGUUACUGUGUGAUUUUUUGCUCCCAGGUUUUAAAGCAAAAGGGGUUGACCUGAAGAAAAAGCUGGUAAAUAAGAUUUUCCACCGUCAUCACCAUCAUCUCUACCACCACUAUCAUCCGCAUCAUCCGCAUCAUCGCCACCAACAUCAUCAUCACCAUCAUCAACAUCAUCCACAUCGUCACCAUCAUCACAAUCACCACGAUGGCAAAAACAAGCACCAUAAUCAUCAUCAUCAUUACCAUAACCCAUUCAAACAUCAUCUUCAUAGACACCACCAUCCCCACAAGACUUUUCACCGUCAUCCCCAUAAACAGCCCCUCCAUCAGCAUCACCGUUCACACAAGCAACAACAACUCCUCCAUCAGCAUCACCGUCUACACAAGCAACACAUUCAAAAGCAUCAUAAAGACGAGGAGCAUCACCAUAGUAACAAACGAAGUGGUAUCACCCACGCACCUGUGCAGUUACCCAACAAGCUCCAGCUGCACGUGCAGAUUAAAGAUUCCCAAGCGACAAAGAGACAAUCCCUUCCCGAUUUGUUGGCCAAUCUAGGUCAGCAUCUGGUGAAGCUGGGAAGCAGUUUGUCUCCGAAACAAUCACAGAUGGCAGUUCACGGCAAUACUGAAAACGAAGGAGACGUUAGAAAUGAAGUACCCGAACCUAAGUCUUUUGAAAGUCCUACCGUCCAAGAUUCGUCUGUUGAGAUUCCAACAGUUUCUCUAGAAAAGAAUGUGUCAGUGAAUGAAGUUGAAGGUCUCUUACAUCAGGCUCUUGACGCAGCGAACGACGAUGAAAUGGAAAGUGUUUUCUCUGGAAAUGGCGCAACAGAAGCAAGCGACGCCGUUACAACCGCUGCAGGCAACAGGACAGACGGGGCAGCAACAGCAGACAGGCGAAAUGAAACGUUUCCAGAGGCUGAGAUAUAUGGACGACCGCUGGAUGACCGAGAAUAUGAUGCAUUGGAGAGACAAAGAGAGUCGGCAAAUGGAACUCUUGAUGAAAUAGCUGGGCAGUCAUUUGAAACAGAAAACACGCAUCAACUAGAUCAGACCAGGAAUGGUCAACCCAAUGCUGAGAAAGAGGAUAAACCGGCUGUCCAUGACCACGAACAGUCGAAGAAUGUCGAGCCCAAGACCAACGUAGACGAUGUGGAUACCAACACUGUAUUGGAACACGAGAAAAUACAAGAAAAUAGUGCUCAGAAUGAUUCAUCAAAGCUUAAAACGCAAUCUUCAUCCGAAGAACCUAAGAGCUCUGAUAUGAAUUCAACAUUGGAAGAUGAGGGACGCGAGAUUGAGAAGGACGCAUCUAAAUCCGGUGCAGAUGAGUCUCAAAAAUCCGCCACAGGAGAAAGUGAUGCUCACGAUAUCACAGAUGACGAAGGAAAGAAAACUGAAGUUUCGGGAAGUGGAGAGGAACCCUCCAAUGACGAUAACACAGAGGAACAGACACCAACCGAAAACAAGGAAUCUCAAGGAGCUAAAAGCGCAGAACAAGCACCUGGCAAACCCAAGAAAGACGAAGAAGAAAACGUGGCUGAGCAAAGUAUCGAUCAGAAUAAAGUUGGAAGCGCCGAAGGACAACAAGUGAGAGAACGUGAAGGAAAACCAUUUAUCAACCAAACUGAAGAUUCUUUAGAUGAGCCUACUAAACCAGUCUCAGAAGGAAACAUUGAUCAACAAGCGGUGGUAAAUGUUGCGGGGAAUCAGAUUAUGGGAAACCAGAGUGAUGAUUCAUUCCAACCAGAUUCAGCAGAGAGCGCUGAUUCAAAGAUAGGAGGUUCAAAUUUGGAAAAUAAUAUCAAUCCACCUGAUUCGGAAAAAACAGUUUCAUUAGAUAGCCCUAUUAAGGGAGGUUCAAUUCAAGAUGCUAAACUGAGGGGAGAUCUCGAUACGCUGGCAAUCCAGCAUACUUUUAGUGAGCCCGAAAAAUCAAUACCUGCGACAAACCUUGGGAAGGUUCUCCAGACAAAGAAUGGGGGGCCCACCACCCAACUGGAUGCCAUAACAGACAACUCGAAUCAGUCAAACGAACAAGAUAAUCCGGCUUUAAAUGACAUAGAUAAAGCUUCUGGUGCAAGUAACGUUGGCCAAGGGUCUCUAGAAGAAAAUGAAAGAACACAAGAUCACGAUUCGCAUACGGACAUCGAAGGAUUUGCAGAGGGACCCAAAACUCCAGCUGUGUUAGAUGAACCUGCGGAACCUUCGUCACCCAGUAAUGCCGAUCCACAAGUAGUAAACGUAGAGAGUCCUCAGGAAGGCAAUCUUCAAGAAGAUACAUCCCAAGAGGCGGGUCCUGAAGAUGUAGCAGAUGCGAUCCCAGUGUACACUUUAUCUUCGCCAGUUGGCGAUGACACAUUUAGAGGCGAUGAAAGUAUUUUGUCAUCGCCUACAUCUUCAGUUACCACCUCCUCGGUGAAUUUCAUCGACGCAGGUGGAAAUAUGUCCACGGGAUUUUCAGAAUCACCAUCGUUAUCAGAAGGGUAUGGCACAUUUACUGCACCAGUUUCACAAUCUCAAGAAGAUUUUGAUUCUCUUUCACAGGGAGCUGUUGUGCAAAGAGACAUGCUCGAUGACCCGGUACAAGAAUCUUUAGAAACCACUGUUGACAGCAAAUCAAGCGGCUAAACUAAAGUGGUUAGCAAGGUGGAUCGAAAUUGUCCCCUUUAGAAGCGGCGCGUUUGUGGCUGCACAAGCAAAGCAUUUCUGAACAUGGACGUUACCUAAUUAACUUGAUUCUCCGAGACAUUCUGUCGAUACACUAUGACUUAGCAUGACCACGCAAAAUGAAUUUUACUUUCGGCGUUCACAGUUAACGUUGUUGUUAAAGUUACCAUAUGGGCUUACUUUGUUCAGGAGGCUACAAGGAAGAGCUGCAUUUAUUUUAGUGGUUAGAAGAAAAUUGUCCCGAAGAACGAAGAACUUUGCUUCUCUCUAUUAGGCAAAGUGCUAUCUUUGUAGAACGGGACUGAGAAUUACAUGUAACAAUAGAAUAACUAUAUAUUUAUAGCUUUUUCUACCACAGGUAUUUUGAGAAAAAGCUUAAGGACAAUAAUUUCUAUGAAGUCACUUUUUAGGAGCUUUCCUGGUUCCAAUAACUCCCGCAACUUAUUCUGACCAGUCAAGACAAACAUUAACUUUUUCUUUCAGUCAGAACUGUCGAGUGGCCAACACAAAGACAAUCACGACUUGGUUUGCAUACCCUUUUCCCGCGCCAGCCACCGUUUCCAAGAUUUUCGGAAGAGUGUCGAUUGCCUCAUUGCAUAAUUUCUGUGUGUCGUGACUGUAAGGGACGGACCAUUAUUUUUUUGAGAGAGGGAUGGGGUUGAAGUUGGGCAAUUUUCUCGACCAUGAUUUUUUUUCUCACCUUUAGCUUGGGCAUGAGUCUUUUUUUUUCGGUGGGCAAUAGCUUGCGCAAGAAUUUUUUUACCAUCAAAAAUAGGCUCUGGAUAGUAUAAGGCACCUGCUCGAUGUUAUUUUUAUUUUUAUUUUUUUUUUUUGCCAGCACCCCUUGCACGUUUGUUUUUUUCAGCAGUUUUGCUGUGCAGCCUCAAAGUAAUGGUCAGUCCCAUCAUAAUCUCUUGUCAGUCCCUAAUUUGAAAACCUCCCUAAGGCCUUUGAUCUUCCCAUCUGAUUCCUUUGAGUUCACAACAUUGUUCUUGCGAGGGUUAAGUGGUACGCAUUGAAAGUACCGGAAGUAAGAGCUAUGUAUUCGUGUCAUUUAUUUUCAAGAGAUUUUGAUCCUUGAUAUUUUUAGAGUGAUUUUUAUCACCUUUUCAAAUCCAUCUAUGAACUCUUAUGGAAAAUCAAAUUGCCUUAGCAUUUUUCUUACAUCGGUGCAUGUUGUAUAAUCCGGUAUUUAAAGCAAUUUCUGUAUGCAUGAGCAAAGAUGAUUUACCUACAUUUGUACCUAUAGACUUGAGUAUAUUUAAAACCUCACUAUAUUCAUCAUCCCUAGUGGCCAUCUGAAAAAGAACUUUAAUCUACACCCUUCUCCUAAAUAGACGCUGACCUCUCUGAUAACUGAGGACACUUUUCAAAGUCAAAAGUUUGCCGAGCUGGUGUAAGCGUUUGACCUUUCACCGACCACCCUGCCGACAGAACAUCGUUUUCUAAGGAAACUUCAAGCUGUUUUGCUUAUAAAAUACUUUGCUAAAUAACAAUAAAGGAUGCACUGUGAUGGAAGUAAUAAAGAACUCCUGCUUUCUGGUGAUCGUUUUUAUUGUUUAUCUAUCUGAUUAAUUCCUCACAAGCGGAGGGCGCUAUCGAAGCCUAGUCGAUAGUGAAUCCAAACCAUGAACCCAGUUGUUGGAAACCGCUUCCCAGUACUUCACCGACAGAAGGCUAACGUUCGACAGGGAACAACCCUCACCAGGGAAAAUAAAUUAUACACCAGGGAGAAUAAAAUUGACCAGGGAGUUCUUAGAAAAAUACCCCAGUAGGUACCAUGGAGGUAAAAAAUUCCACCAGGGAUGACAAAUGCACCCACUAGGUCGGGUUUCACCAGAUCUGUUACGGAGAAGUGUAUUACAGAAGCAUCAAUAUUGUUUUUGAGAGCAGUUAAACGCAUUUACGAGGGCAGCCAGUGCUGAUAAUACUGAACUAGCUGUUUUCCCGGGGUACCAAUUAACAAAUACUGAGCGUCAUUAAAAUUUCCAUCCAUAUAAUUUCUACUUGUGAACACAAUGACCCCACUUCUCUGCAGCUGUUUGAAGCAAAUUUAUCUUUUAUACUUACAAGCGAAAAUGUUCUUCAAAGGAAAACUUUUUGAUCCCUAAAAUAAUUUUUCACCGCUUCCCAAUGGAAGAGUCUAAAGAGAUUGGUGAUUCAUUUACGAAUAAGCUGACCGGCUGCUGUGAUUUUAUACAAUUUUACAAAUUUCCGUUACGGGUAAACCGAAGAGAAGCGAUUCCGGCUAAGUUCUUUGACAAGGUAUACGAGCUUUCAGUUUUGUUGGAAGAAAUCAUUAUCAUAAAUAAUGAUUAAUAAACAUAAUAACAAACCACCACCUGUAUUCGUAUUUCGGACAGAAAUACGUAAAUCUGAUAAAUUACCUGGCAAGAAUGGAGGAUUGUAUGCCCAUCCAUUAACUCGUUUUGUGCCAAGCUUUCAGAGCACUCCAAAGAGAACUCAAACAUCGUAUCGAAUGGGGUCUAUUGAUAUCUCAAAGAUGGCUCCCAUGUGAUCACUAUUGUUCAAAUUGUGAGGAAAUACGACGAAGCUUAGGAAAUCGACCAAGAAUUGAUCAAAUGCUAUAUCGUCUUUGGGGUUCGCUGACGUUCCAAUCCAAGAUGGCUGACCCACUGUGGCGAAAUUAAAGACGCUCCUCGAGACGAGAUUGUUUGUUCUGUCAAUUAAUAUAGAAUUCGAUGAACGAGAAACACAACCUGAAUCAAGAAAU